CAACAAUCAGCAAAAGCUCCACCCGCACUGGGAUAGGGGCGGGGAUAGAACGUGGCGCGCGGGUGACGCACUUGCCGGCCGCGCGGUGAUUGGCGGAGCCGUGCGCUGACUGGCGGUGGCGCUGGCGCUGGCGGGAGAUUGCAGCAUGGCGUCGGUGGCGCCGGGGUCUGCAGCGGAGUCGGUGUGGCCGGAGGGCUCGGGCGCCGAGGGUGGUUUCGUGCGCGCGGUGCUGGCGCUGCCCGACAAGCCCGAUACCACCGUGCGCUUCUUCGAGCGCGGCGAGCACUAUACGGUGCAUGGCGGGGACGCGCUGCUGGCCGCCCGCGAGGUCUUCCGCACCCGCGGCGUCAUCCGGCUGCUGGCGGGGGGCCCAGGCAAUCAGAAACUCGAGAGUGUUGUGCUUAGUAAAAUGAACUUUGAAUCUUUUCUGAGAGAUCUACUUCUGGUUCGUCAGUACAGAGUUGAAAUUUACAAGAACAAAGCAGGCAGUAAAUCUACCAAGGAGAAUGACUGGUAUUUGGCAUACAAGGGUUCUCCAGGUAACCUUGCCCAGUUUGAGGAAAUUCUGUUUGGCAAUAAUGACAUGUCGACUGCCAUUGGUGUUGUGGGUGUUAAGCUAUAUACUGCUGACGGACAAAGAGUAGUUGGAGUGGGGUAUGUUGACACUACACUCAGGAAGCUGGGUGUCUGUGAGUUUCCAGAUAAUGAUCAGUUCUCAAACCUUGAAGCUCUGCUGGUUCAAAUUGGACCUAAGGAAUGCGUGCUACCAGGAGGAGAGACUGCUGGGGAUAUGGGAAAACUACGACACAUCAUUCAAAGAGGAGGAAUCAUGAUUACAGACCGAAAAAAGGCUGAAUUCACAACAAAAGAUAUUGUCCAGGAUCUCAACCGCUUACUAAAAUCAAAAAAGGAAGAGCAAGUGACUAGUGCAACGUUACCAGAGAUAGAAAAACAGGUUGCUGUUUCAUCCUUGUCAGCCGUUAUCAAGUAUUUAGAGCUCUUGUCGGAUGAAUCUAACUUCGGACAAUUUGAAUUGACUAGCUUUGACCUCAGUCAAUAUAUGAUACUGGAUAAUGCAGCUGUUCGAGCCCUUAACCUUUUCCAGAGUUCUGGUGAAAAUGCCAACAGUACACAAUCAUUGGUUGGGUUAUUAAAUAAGUGCAAAACUCCUCAAGGACAAAGACUGGUUAAUCAGUGGAUCAAACAGCCACUUACGGACAAGAACAGAAUAGAAGAAAGGUUAAAUUUGGUUGAGGCCUUUGUGGUAGACACAGAGCUACGGCAGUGCCUUCAAGAAGAGCUUCUACGUCGUUUUCCAGAUCUCAACCGGCUAGCCAAGAAAUUUCAAAGACAAGUAGCAACCCUGCAGGACAGUUACCGAAUGUAUCAAGCUAUUAACCAACUGCCUAAUGUUGUACAGGCACUGGAAAAACAUGAAGGAGCGCAUCAGAUGUUAUUGCUAGCAGUAUUUGUAAUGCCUCUUAAUGAUCUCAACUCUGACUUCUCCAAGUUUCAGGAAAUGAUAGAAACAACUUUAGACAUGAACAAGGUGGAAAAUCAUGAAUUCCUUGUGAAGGCUUCUUUUGAUCCUAAUCUGACCGAGCUGAGAGAGAAGAUGAACAAACUAGAGGAGAGCAUGCAGUCUCUUCUAAAGACUGCAGCCAGAGAACUAGGCUUGGAAGCUGGCAAGAACAUCAAAUUGGACUCCAAUUCACAGUUAGGACAUUACUUCCGAAUUACCUGCCGGGAAGAAAAAGUCCUGCGGAACAAUGCAAAAUAUAAGAUCUUAGAUACCCAGAAGAAUGGUGUGAAAUUCACAAAUAGUAAAUUGAGCUCCUUUAAUGAAGACUACGUAAGAAGCAGAGAAGAGUAUGAAGAGGCUCAGGAAGCCAUUGUUAAAGAAAUCAUUAAUAUUGCUUCAGGAUAUGUAGAGCCAAUACAGACAAUGAAUGAUGUGAUAGCUCAGUUAGAUGCUGUUGUCAGUUUUGCUCAUGUAUCAAAUGGAGCACCUGUGCCGUAUGUACGUCCGGUCAUUCUGGAAAAGGGACAAGGAAGAAUUGUGCUGAAAGGUUCCAGACACCCUUGCAUUGAAGUUCAAGAUGACAUAGCAUUCAUCCCCAAUGAUGUUAACUUUGAGAAGGGCAAGCAGAUGUUCCAUAUUAUUACUGGUCCUAACAUGGGAGGGAAAUCAACAUACAUUCGCCAGGCUGGAGUGAUAGUUCUAAUGGCCCAAAUUGGGUGCUUUGUACCAUGUGACUCAGCAGAAGUGACUAUUGUGGAUUGUAUUCUGGCUCGGGUAGGAGCAGGAGACAGUCAGUUGAAAGGUGUCUCGACUUUCAUGGCAGAAAUGUUAGAAACUGCUUCAAUUCUUCGGACAGCAUCUGAAAACUCUUUAAUAAUCAUUGAUGAGUUGGGAAGAGGAACUUCAACAUAUGAUGGAUUUGGGUUGGCAUGGGCUAUUUCAGAAUAUAUUGCCUGCAAAAUUUGUGCCUUCUGUAUGUUUGCUACGCAUUUUCAUGAACUGACAGCACUUGCUAACCAAGUGCCAACUGUGAAUAAUUUACAUGUCACUGCAUUAACCACUGAUGAGAUGCUGACUAUGCUUUACCGUGUCAAGAAAGGUGUCUGUGAUCAGAGUUUUGGAAUACAUGUAGCAGAGCUUGCCGCUUUUCCAAAGCAUGUAAUAGAGAGUGCAAAAGAGAAGGCUCUGGAGCUAGAGGAGUUCCAAACUAUUGGAAAACCUGAGGAAUCUGAAGGAGAGCCAGCAGCUAAGAGACGCUACAGAGAAAAAGAGGAAGGUGAAAAAAUAAUUCAGGAUUUCCUUUGCAAAGUGAAAGCAUUGCCCUUGAGAGACAUGUCAGAGGAAGACAUCAGAACCAAACUGAAACAACUGAAAGCUGAAGUGCUGGCAAAGAAUAACGGUUUUGUGAAUGACAUUGUUUCCCGAACAAAAGUUACUCCAUGAAAAAAGCUAAAAUGACACUGCUUGAUAUUGUUUUAAGUCACAAGAACUAUUGUUUUCUUGUCUUGUAGGUUUUAUGCUUUGUGGUGAUUUGUACUCAUUACUGAAGCAACACUUUCUCCUGACUUGUAAUUACUUUUUUAAAUGAGUACCUAUUGUACCUGCGUAAUAGUUUAGUUACUGCUAUUUUCAAUAAAAUUGUUUCUCUAUCAGGGAAGUGUGAAUAAAAGAGAACCAUAGUUUUUCCAGAAAGUCAAACCAUAUAUAACUUUUACCAUGCUGUGUUAGUUAUGAAAACUGUCAGUCCUAGCACAAAAUCUACAGCUGCCCUCUACUGCAGUUGUUUUUGAUUGUCAUCACUGAUGCUGCACUCGCUGGUCCAAAGGAGUACCCGGGAUAAUUUUAGUUUUAACAAGGCUGGAUUAGUGAUGUCUUUUAGAAAAACAUUUGAUAAGGAAUCGUAGCUAAUGAUUAGAAAUUUAACUGGUUCUGAUUAUACUCUCUUUAAGUGCAAAGGAUUGUUUACACUUGCUUGAGCCAGACACAGUACAGGCUAGUGCACUUUCCUUUCCAGUGCUAGCCCUUCAUUGUACAGAGACUGCCAGUUGUGUGGUGGGUUGUAAUCUGAACAAACAGAAAUUAGGAUGAUGCCACCAAUUAACUUUCUUUUGUGAGUUAAAUAAGAUUCACGUAGCCGAACUCUCCAGAAGGGAGAAAGCUAAUUCAUUUUACCUGAUCUACUUAACAUGCUUCUGGGGGGGAGGAGAGGACCUGUCUUAUAUAUGCAAUGAUUUGAAUUGAAAGAGGACACAACUGUCCUGUGCAUGUGCUAUUACUGUGUCUCGCAUACUGUGUACCAGCUAGUGUGUGUCAAUUCAGCGUGCAGUCAUCUCCCUCUAUUGUCAAGCCCUGAAGCACAUGAAGGUACAAGUUUGCCUGCAGCAUUUGCCUGUUAGCUAUAUAUGUUGCUUUAUAUCUGAAACUGGCAGUAUGAAAAGCUUUAUAAAAAAAAGUGGUGUGUCUGGCUGUGGGAUUAUAAGAACAUACAUAUGCUGAAGAUGACAGACAUGACUUGGUAUAUGCUCUAGCAGAGAUUAAACCAGAAUGUGUGUUAAGAAUGUUGAUAGCACUGUGCUGUUGAAAAACUAAUUGUGUG